GUCUUUUAAGAGAGAAGUUAAGGGGGUGUGAAGGAGGAGGUGGAGGUUGGAGGAGCAGCCAAGGUACCCAGCAAGAUGGGAGAAAUGCCAUUCUGUGUGACUGCAGGUUUAAAGCAGGUGAGUGAAAGCUUCUUGUCCACAGAGGCUGCUGGGAACAAUCUAGAAAACCUCUCGUCAACCCCUUCUUUGGCGUGGCUUGAAUGAAAGCACCUUCUUCGUGAGGAAGUUUGUUACUUGGAGGGAUAUUUCUGACCCACUACCAUUGCUCGUAUUUUCUGCAGGCAAGGGUGGUCUGCAGAGGGAGUUUAACCCAGAGAAUUUGCAGCUGUUUCAGUGGGCCAGCUCUGCAGGAUUACUAGCAGUGCUUUGAAGGGUGAUUAGGAAGCUUUCCGGGCAGCUCUUUCGUGCCUUUCCUUGUAUAUUUCUCCUUUGCAUGGUACUAGCUGGCAGUGGCUCAGGGGAUUGUAAAUAGCCUCAAGACAGUUACAAUAAUGCUGGUCAGGGUGGGAGGCCAAAGGUGCUCCCGGGCUCUCCAGACCCCACUUCCAUACGUUAAUUCUGGGUUUGGCUGUUUGACACGGUUUCUGGGUCUCGUUGCAUUCUCUUAAGUAGCUCCUGAAGGACAACACCUUGUGACUGGUGCUCCUACUUCAAAAUCAGCAAGGUAAAUACAAGGGUCAAGCGUGAAUCCUAGGAAGAAGACCUGUGGUGGGGGCAGCUAUGGUGUAGGACUUUGCCUGAAGUGUUUGCACCCCAGAUUUCUGAAGACUUCUCAUCUUUAGGGAGAACUGGGAAGAGAGCUGAGAAUGAGAUGGACUCACCAUGAAAGACCUGAAGCUGUUGGUAUGCACAUCAUCAGUGAGCUGCAGAUGGAUGCAGCGUCCACCUCAGAGGACAGAUGUCAGUGUGGCCUGGGACUCUGAGAAUAACAUUUGCGACACAGGUGAGGAGCAUUCCAAUUAUUGCAGAAAGACCCCUCAGCAGGUGGGCCACACAUCCAGCCUCCAGGAGGUAGCCAUGAAUUACUCGCAGAGGUGCAAUCCUCCUUGUAACUCUGCUGGACCUUCGGGUAAGCAGGAGCUUCCUGCAGGGUUGCAGCGUGAAGACAAAGAAACCUGUGAGACAAAGAACCGAGGUGAGAGUGCAGCUGUCCCGUCCAGUACCAACUUCCACCUGCAGUGUGAAGGUGAAGGUUUAGAGCACUGUUCCUCUGAGGGCUCCAGGAAGCCACGGAGAAGACUACGUGAUGGUAACGAAAACACCGUUCAUGUGUUUGAUGAGGACCUGGAGCCCAUCUCUAGGGAGCCUUUGCCACAUCAGUGCAAGAAGUGUGGUUCCUCCUUCCAGGAGGUGAGCGAGCUGCAGAAACACGAGCGAACGCACCUGGUGGAGAACUCGUACCGGUGUCCCACCUGCUCCAAAGAGUUCUUCCGGGCGGCGAAUCUGCGAAUGCACAAGCUCAUCCAUUCUAGUGACAGGCCACACAAGUGUCCCGAGUGUGACAAGGGUUUCAUCCGCACGGCCGAUGUCUGGAGGCACCUGCGCAACGUGCACAAGAUCGAGCGCUCCAUGGUGAUCCUGGGGAACGGGGUGGCCAGGAACCCGUGGUCGGUAGUGCGCCGUGCCCAGCGCCCUGUGGAGCACCCUGACCAGCCUUGCGUGGAAGACCAGAAGCCUGAGGAGGAUGACUGCAAGCCUCACGCCUGUCCCACCUGCGGCAAAAGCUUCGAGAAGCCCAACCUGCUUUCCAAACACAAGGUGGUCCACCGGCGAGGCAAGCCCUACAAGUGUGAGGAGUGUGGCCUGGCCUUCGUCCAGCUGCUCAGGCUGAGAAGGCACCAGCAGACUCACUCUGGGGAGCGGCCUUUCUAUUGCGAGGAGUGCGGCGGGACCUUCACCCGGCUGGCGUCGCUCCAGCGCCAUCACCGCAUCCACACCGGAGAGAAGCCCUACUCCUGCAAACACUGCGGUCACUCCUUCGCGGAGUCGGGCACCCUGCGGCGCCACGAGCGCACGCACGAGCUGGGCAGAUCUUAAUUCCUGAGCUCCCUUGCGGUCGUGGUCUCCUCACUUGCUUCUUACCUGCAGGAGGCCUGCAGAGCUGGGCUGGAGAAAGCACUUUGCUGCGUAUUCUCUGGGCCUGUUUCCCAGCAGGAGCUGAUAGGGAGCAAUAAGUCGUGGGGAUCUCGGGCACUUGUACUGGUAGAGGUUGCACUCGCUCGCUUUAAACUGGCCUCGUAGGACAAAAAUAACCUGAUUACCACUGAGGAACAAAAUGUGAGACUUUGGAAGACUUGAAAUCGCUCACCGUUGCUUCAGGUCGCUGAACUGAGGAUGCAUCAGCUUGAGCUUGAGGGUGCACGAGUUGUGAGACCUCUCUGCAGUCUUGGUCACUGCAUGAAUUGGCCUGGUCACCUUCUGGAGUGUGGUGGCUCUUUGGCGCUGGGUUUGGAUAUCUGUUCUUGCAGGUCUUUGCUUGUGUCCCUCUCCCUUCUGUCCUUGCAUUUUGCCCGGUUUUUCUUUCUGUUAACGUUUGGUUUUUUUAAUCGGGAGGGGAAGUACCAAGUUGGUUAUUUAAAAAAAAAACAAACCACCCCAAACCACAAAACGGUUCCUUAAUAAACUCAACAGUUUCAUGAAUGUUUCUAUCGAAGGGAGUAUCAGUCCUGUUGUGUGUUGAGUUGAAUAUCUGUUAAGAAUGGAAAGAGAGUUUUAUUUUCACUAUGACAGGGCAUGUUGUUGGGAUAAGGGAUCUGAAUGCAUUUGUGUCUG